UUUUGGGGAAGAAAAAGCUUUUUGUCUUCUUUAAGGAGCAAGGCACUCGAAGGCGAUGGCGGUGCAAGCGGCGGCGGUUCACCCGCACCACCAUUUCAUCCCGUUUUGCUUUCCGGGCGCCGCGGGGCUGGGAGAUUUCGUCGACCUGGAAAAGAGCUACGAGGACGGGGGGACCCUCUUGCUAGGAGGCGGAGGAGCGGGAGUAGCAGGAGGGGGAGACCCCGGGGAUUUCAAAGAAGCCACCCGAGACCUAUUGAGCUUCAUCGACUCGGCUUGCAGCAACAUCAAACUAGCCUUGGACAAGCCGGUGAAAUCCAAGCGCAAAGUCAACCACCGGAAAUAUUUGCAGAAGCAGAUCAAGCGCUGCACCGGCAUGAUCGGGGGCGCCCAGACGGCUGCUGCAACGCCCGGGAGCCAGGAGGCGUCUAAUAAUAAUAACAACAGUAAUAGUAGUAAUAAUAUGAGCUCCCAGCAGCAGCCACAUCCUGCUAACAAGAGGACUACGGCUGGGACAGCGCAUGGCGCAGCGUCGGCGUCCGCCUCGCCCCCCGGCGGCGUCGCGGCGCACUGCAAAGCGCCCCAGAAGCGCGAAGCCAGCGCGCUGCAGAGCAAAAGCCUGGCGGCGCUCUUCGGCUCCGUGCGCCCGUCGGGCUUCGAUCGCGCCGCCGGGGCCGCUGCGGGCGGCGGCGGGCCGUCGGGAGAGAAGGAAGGCGGCCCGGGUCCCUCUGCCUCCAUCGGCGGGAAGAAAGUGCCUCUCCGGAACCGCAACCUGCCCCUUUCCUUCUUCACCGAGCCGGCCGCGGCGAGCUCCGUCCCGAAAGACGCGGCGGGCCCCGUCCCGUCGGAGGAGCUCUUCGACCUGCUGGCCGUCCCCGACUACGGCGCCCUGCUCCCUCCCGCCGAGCCGGAGCAGCCGGUCUUCCCCAGCAGCCGCCUGCAGCCGCCGGAUCUGGGCUUGGAGGCACCUCUCUACGAGCCUCUGCACCCGCUGCCCCACUUGCUCUUCUCCGACGCCCCCCUGCGGCCCCUCACCGCCCUCUACGCCGCCCCUUCGGACCCGGCAGCGGCGCCCGAGAGUGGCGGCGCUGCGGCGGGAGCGCACGUCCCGGCCGCGGCCUUUGCUCCCUUCUUCCCCGAGUGCGCGCUCCCGCCUGCGCCGCCGGCCAUGCCCUACGAUUACGCCCCGGGGUAUAGUAGGGGGGUGCCUGCUUAUUCCAGCCUUUAGAGGAGGGAGGUUGAGCUUUGAAAGAGAAGCGGG